AUGCGUAGCUCCCGCUGCUUUGAAAGACCUAAACGGAAACCUAAUAUGUCUUUACGAUAUAAAUUAAUUGAGCUUUGGACCACGUCGCUGCUCUUCGGGCUAAUCCAUGUUCCGGUCCUCUCUAGCGCUGCCAAGCUCCUGGAGAAGACGCCGUUCUCUGUCAGCGCCCCGAACCCGCUGCUUCCUUCUCCGGCGAGUCUUCAGCUCGCCCAGCUCCAGGCUCAGCUUACUCUGCACAGGCUAAAAUUGGCCCAGACAGCAGUGACCAACAACCCAGCAGCUGCCACCGUCCUCAAUCAGGUGCUCUCCAAAGUGGCCAUGUCCCAGCCGCUCUUCAACCAGCUCCGACACCCUUCCGUGCUGAACGCCGCGCAGGGCCACGCCGCGGGCCCGCCGCAGGGGCCCGGCAUCGCCAGCGCCAGGUUCCCCUCGGGCGGGCUGGCCUUCCCGGCGCAGAGCCCGGCGCUCGCGGCGCCCGUGGGCACCGUGCCGGCCCCGGCGCCCGGCGCCCUCGUCAUGAACCCCUUUGGCGGCGUCAUGGCGCCCGCUUCCAGCCAACCGGCCGUGGUCAUGGGCCUGGGCAAGGCCGGCCCCUCAGCGGCGCCCGGCGGCUUCUACGAGUACAAGGCGGGCGUCCCUGGCGCGCAGGCGUAUGGCGCCGACGCCGAGCAGCCCGGCCCGCGCGCCUUCCUGGCCGGCGCGCCGCAUCCCGCCGCCGCCUCGGCCGCGGUUCCCUACGAGGGCCCCUUCGGCCCCGCCGGCCAGCCCAAGCACGAGGGGCAGCCCGGCUUCCAGAAGGACGCGUACGGCGCGGGCGCCAAGGGGCAGCACGGCGCGGCGCUGGCUUUCCCCGGAGACCUGCACGCAAAUUCCCAUCAGAAAGGAGAUCCAGCCUCCGGCUUACAUGGCACAGGUACAAACAACCAGUGGGAAAACCUCCCUAAUUUCGCCAGCCAAAACAAGCCUGACCUCCUGCCCGGUGACAGCAUGUGGCCAUCAACAAGUCAGCAGUAUGAAAUAAGAAACGAGCUGUACAACCCCGAAGAACCGACACCCGACACAAAGUUCAGCGGCGGCGUUGCCGCGCCGCCCUUCAGCAGGCACAAUAGCAAGCAGAGCUUCGGCAGCUCCCGCGCACGGCCCGCCGAGGAGCUGGGCGCCGGCGCGGCCGAGCUGCGCCCGCCGCAGCCGCACGAGCUCAACGACCUGCACGGCAUCGCCCCGCUUCACUUCCCCCACGUCUGCGCCCUCUGCGACAAGAAGACCUUUGAUCUGAAGGACUGGGAUCAGCACACGAAGGGAAGUCUUCACAUCCAGAAAUGUAUGGCUUUUUCAGACAACACUGGUAUCCGGUGCGUAUUAAGUUCAGCAGAUGGAACAUUGCAUUUAUCUCCAAAUAAUGCAUCAGUUUUCAACCCAUCUAGUAUCGAAGAUUAUCCACCAAAUGUCGGCUCAUCUUUUAUCACAACAUCAGCAAGAUCCUUUGGCCAGCCAGGUUCUACCUUUUCUUCUCUUCCAUCAGGGUUUCCCCAGAGGAAAUCUGCCCUGGGUCGAGUGGUUCACAUCUGCAACCUCCCUGAGGGAAGCUGCACAGAGAACGAUGUCAUCAAUCUGGGGCUUCCUUUUGGGAAAGUCACCAACUACAUCCUCAUGAAAUCUACCAACCAGGCCUUUCUGGAGAUGGCUUACAGUGAAGCAGCACAAGCUAUGGUGCAAUACUACAAAGAAAAACCUGCUAUGAUAAAUGAUGACAAAUUGCUUAUUAGGAUGUCCAAAAGAUACAAGGAGUUGCAGCUGAAGAAACCAGGUAAGAACGUGGCUGCCAUCAUCCAGGACAUCCACUCGCAGAGGGAGAGGGACCUGCUCCGGGAGGCAGACAGCAGGUACGGCGCAGAGCGGCCCCGCUCUCGCAGCCCCAUCAGCCGCUCGCUCUCGCCCAGGUCCCGCACUCCCAGCUUCACCUCCUGCAGCUCCCCCCACAGCCCGCUGGGAACCAGCAGGACGGACUGGGGCAACGGCAGGGAGUCCUGGGAGCAGUCCCCGUAUUCGAGAAGGGAAGAGGAAAGAGACAGCAGGGACUGGCGAGAGAACGGGGACGAGAAGAGGGACAGGACUGACAUGUGGGUACAUGAGAGGAAACAUUAUUCCCGACAGCUGGACAAGUUUGAUUUGGAUGAACGGCUUGAAGGAGGCAGGGGCCACAGAGAGAAAUACCUACGGAGUGGUUCCCCUGGCUCCCUGCAUCCUCUGUCUGGCUACAAGAGCAGGGAAGAUGACUAUUACAGGAAAACCUCCAAGACAAAAUCCGACAAGUUCCCGAGGCAGCAGCAGGAGUUGCCAGGGAGGUCGAAGAGAAAGGAAGAGACAAAGUCGAGGGAGCGGAGACACUCACACGGCGAGGACGGGCCGAGGGAGGAGGCGGCCGAGCCGCGGCACGGCAGGGCCCCCGAGGGCUCCCGGCAGAAACUCCCCGAGAGGAGCAAAGCCAAGAGGGCUGACAGAGACCAAGAGGAGGGGGCUGCUGCUGAAGGCAGCGAUGCCAAGGAAGCCAGACCUUCCGAGAACGAGCUCGGAAAAAAGGAGCAAGUUCCAGAGAAGAGCUCGCCUUCAGCUAAUAAGCCAGGAAAAGAAUCUGGAGAAAUUCUGGAAAGCACGAGAAAAGAGAAGGAAAAAGACUGGGAGAGUGGAAGUGAGAUAGAAGGUGAGACCUGGUAUCCUGCUAACAUGGAGGAAUUAGUGACAGUGGAUGAAGUGGGAGAGGACGAUCUAAUUAUGGAGCCCGAUAUAACUGAGCUUGAAGAAAUAGUACCCGUUGAUCAGAAAAACAAAGCCGUCUCAGAAAUGUGCCCCUGUAUGUCAACCAUGUUAGAACUGAAAAACGAUCAUAGCCACCUAACCAGGAGUGAAGACAAAUUUGCCCAUAAAGCUCUAGAACCAAACUCCAGGUCGGCAAAGGGCAGCACGGCCGCUUCUGGUGGCUCUCGGGGUGAUGAGAACCAUGAUGCAGUUACUGAAGCAUCGAGCCUAAAUCUGGACCCUGAGCAGAAGCCGGAGGAAGCAGAAGACGACCAAGCUGCUAAGGAGUCUGAUCACCAGCAGAAGGAAGGAAAAAAUGACAAAAGCUGUGACAUUCAUUCAGAGCCUGAGGAUCGCCAUAUACCUUCUGUUCAGCUGAAAGAAGAGCCUCUCCAGCUCCCUGACACAUUUAUAGAUGAUUACAAACAGAUGGGAUCACAAGGAACUGAGAGUAGAGAAGUCAUGGAAAUGCUUGUUAAAAAUGCCGGGGAAGAGACAAGACGUGGAGGCCAGGAGUGUUCAGAGGCCAAGGCAAAUUCUAGGUACCUGGAAGUGAGAUCUCUUGAAUACCCGGAGACAGAGGCCAAGCAAAGCCAUUCUCCGCCAGGCUGGGAACAAGAGGACGUGUUCACGGAGCUCAGCAUUCCCCUGGGUGUGGAAUUUGUGGUGCCCAGAACGGGGUUUUACUGUAAGCUCUGUGGACUCUUCUACACGAAUGAAGAGACGGCGAAGACGAGUCACUGCAGAAGUACUGUUCACUACAAAAACCUUCAGAAGUACCUCUCCCAGCUUGCAGAAGAGAGCCUGAAAAUGAACGAAGAAGGCAGCAGUCGGCACCAGGAUGACGCUGGGAUUGUUCCUCACUUUGAGAAGAAAAAGCUAUGAUGUGGAUGAACUGCAAGAGCCAUAAUGCGUGAAUGCUGAUACU